AUGAAGACGAAGAUCUCCCAGAACUGUGAUAAUGCAUUGGCGUAUGUUAAGGCAGUAGAAUUUACCUUUCAUCAAUAUGAUAGGAAAAAGUAUGAUGAGUUUUUAAAAAUCAUAAUAGAUUUGAAUUUGAGGAAGGGUGGAAAAAGAAAAAUUGCUACAAGAGUGAAGAAGUUGUUUGAAGGGAAUCCGGAUUUAAUUUUGGGAUUCAACACCUUAUUGCCAAAGGAAUAUCAAAUCACACUUCCUCGUAGGACUGGGAGAAAUGUGAAGAAGGUAGAAGAAAAUGGUGUACUUCCUUGGGAUGUGCUUAAUAUCAUUGCUAAAAGACUAGAUUUUGACGACCUCUUUAACUUUGCUGGCGUGUGCAAGAAUUGGAUGGCUUUUCACAAAAUUUAUUGGAGAAAUUUCUUGACCUCCCAAGAACCAUUACUUCUAGAAAAUUCAUAUGAUGCUCGUUAUAAUUUUUCGUUUACGCUUAGUAGCAUAUCUGACCAAAAAGUUUAUUGCUUGAAGAUGAAGAAGUGCUUCCUCUUUAACUCUCGCUAUGUUGCGUCUUCUAGCGGAUAUUUUAUCAUGGAGGGGCCCAAUAAUUCAUUUCUCUUAAUCAACCCAUUUACAAGAAUAAAUAAGAUAAUCAAUAAAUUUGAAGUUAAGCCUGAUUAUACCACCAAUCAUGCCUUGCUUGCUUUUGGCAAAUGUUCUGAGGAAUUUGUCUUGGUGGUUUUAUGCUUUAGAAGUUUGAAUGUCUAUCAAUCUCGAAAUUGUGGUUGGGUUACUUAUUCGACAACGAAAAAUCAAGGGACGGUUGUCGACUUUGUGGUUUUUCAUAAUAAAAUAUAUGUUCUCACUAACAUGGGCAACAUAGGGGUACUCAACUUGAAUUUUGCAAAUAUUAAAUUUCUAAAACUGAAGAGUACUCCUAAUGCAAGAAUUUUCGGACGCCUUCGUUGGUUGGUUUGUUGUGAGGAGCAACUUUUAGUGGUUGAUUUUUCGAAUAGCAAAACAUUACCGGAUGUGUACAAGAUAGACUUCUCAACUAUGAAUUAUGUCAAACUUGAAACUUUGGGUGACAUUGCAUUAUUCUAUGUUGAGUGCAAAAGCUGUUAUGCAUUGAGCAACCCGAAUAGAUGGGGAUAUCAGAGCAACUCUAUCUAUGUCACCGGUUUUGGAAACAACCAAGAAUGUAUUAUGUAUUCUUGGGAUGAUAAAAAUUUGAAAAAAUGCAUUACACUUCCGGCUCAGGCUUCUGGCAGAAAACGUCCUUAUAUACAUGAUUGGUUAUUUAGACAUAUAAAAUAUGAGGUAGAUUAUUCUUUAGUUGAGUAA